UAUUAUUGGAAAGACGCGCAUGCGUUGAAAUAAAUAUAUCUCUUCCUUUUCCGCAAAACAUAUCCAACAUGGCGUUGGUUAUUCCUGAAAAAUUCCAGCAUAUUUUGCGUGUUAUGAACACCAACAUUGAUGGAAAGACCAAGAUUAUGUUUGCAAUGACCUCAAUAAAGGGUAUUGGUCGCCGAUUUUCCAAUGUUGUGUGCAAAAAAGCGAACAUUGAUCUUACAAAGCGUGCUGGUGAACUGUCUGAAGAAGAGGUUGAGAGAAUAAUCACAGUGAUGUCGAACCCACGUCAGUACAAAAUCCCCGACUGGUUCCUCAACAGACAGAAGGACGUGAAAGACGGCAAGUACGGACAGGUGCUGGCCAACGUGCUGGACAACAAGCUUCGUGAGGAUCUCGAACGGUUGAAGAAAAUCCGAGCACACAGAGGUCUCAGACACUUCUGGGGACUGCGUGUACGAGGUCAACACACAAAGACCACAGGUCGACGUGGAAGAACAGUUGGUGUGGCCAAGAAGAAAUAGAACUGUUGAGAAAGCUAAUAAAUAUGGGGAUAUGAACUGCA